AUGUCGAACACAAAUUUCACCUCACAGAAUAUUGACAUUGGUGAAAAACCAACUGUCAACCAACCCACCAGCGUAGCACCGGAUGAAACUACCUCAGAUACGGAGACAGCAGCAAGUGUUUUCGAUCCAUCAGUUUAUGCUGGUUUGGUGCCACCGGAAAUAUUUCAGCAAUAUCUAAAUCAAUUUGGUGGUGCCUAUGUACCUUAUCCAGUUGCAGCUGCUGCUUAUCCAGCACCAAUGGGCUAUGUGCCACCACCACCACCACCUGGCUAUCCAAAUCCUUAUGUUGUGCAAACAGGCUAUGAAGGCUUCUUAGUACCCACCACAGAUGUUAGUGAAAAUACCAAUAAUAAUGAUGGUACGGAGAGUGUUCUUUCGUUAGUUCUAAAUCCACUCAGUAUGUUAGGGAAUAUAUUCUCCACCACUGUGUUUCGUGUCAUAGCAGCAGUCUUAUCUACAAUUGUUAUGAUCUUCUUCAGCACUGCUAUACGUAAUUUUAUUUGUACUUUUACACCUUUCUGUGAUGCGGCCAAUGCCCUGAAACGCAGUGGCACUGCUGAAGUGGUGGGACGCAUGAUUGCUGAUGAAAUGACACCGGAACGCAUACGUCGUACGACGGAAUUUGUGCGUAAUGCCUUACGUAAAUAUCAAGCCAUGCAGAAAUUAAGUGAUCAAAAGGAAGAUUAG